GCAGCAGUAGUUGGAGUUCUUGUGUUUAUAAUCAUUUGUCUGAUUCUUUACAUUGUUUGGCUACACAAGAAAGGCACUGCUGGUAAACAGAGGCGCUAUAAAGGAGAGAGAGGUGUUUAUGACAAUGAAAUGGCACUGGACGAUCUUCAACCAAGUAGUUCUAUUCCGAGUAACUCUACCCAGCCUCGCUCAGAAUACAUGGACCUAUCAAAAGCAACUACAGCCAACGAAGAAACACAACGUGUUGUUCAAAGUGCUGAGUACGCGCCUCUUCAUCCAUCAACACGUUCUUGGGAAGUUGAAAAGCAGCAAGUGACAAUAGAAAAGAUAAUUGGUAAAGGCGCUUUUGGUCAGGUUGCCAAGGGAACAGCAACAGGACUUCGGGGCAGGCCUGGAAAGACGACAGUUGCCGUCAAAAUGCUGAAAUAUAAUUCUCCCGAAUCAAACAGGAGAGAUUUACUGAGAGAACUUGACACAAUGAAGCAACUCAAACCACAUCCCCACGUCAUCAAACUACUGGGAUGUGUCACAGAAACUGAGCCUCUAAUGGUAAUAAUCGAGUAUGUACCUUAUGGAGACCUGCUGGGAUACCUGAGAAAGAGCCGUGGACUGAAUGACACUUACUACAAAGACCCGGAUAUAAAACCACAAACAAGUCUGACGUCACAACAGCUGAUGACGUUUGCUUGGCAAAUUGCUGAUGGCAUGAGUUACCUUUCUUCAAAAUCUAUUAUCCACCGAGACCUGGCAGCUCGUAAUGUGCUGGUUGGUGAAAGAGAAACAUGUAAGGUGACAGACUUUGGAAUGGCUAGAGAUGUUCAGCAGGACAACAUUUAUGAAAAAAAGACAAAGGGCCGUCUUCCAGUCAAAUGGACUUCUUAUGAAGCGCUGUUGUAUGGAACGUACACCACCAAAAGUGAUGUAUGGAGCUAUGGAGUUGUCCUUUACGAGAUUUUUACGAUAGGUGGUUCACCGUAUCCACGAAUGGAUGGCAGAAAAAUUCAUGUGGAUGACAAAUUGUAUCAGAUAAUGAUGAAAUGCUGGGAAAAUGACCCGGAUAAAAGACCAACAUUCACUGAUUUGAAAAACCAGCUUAAGGAUAUGGAGAACCAACACAGGCGGCUGAUCAACAUGAAGAUGUUCGACAAGACGCAGUUAUACGCAAACGCCGAGGACUUGGUCGUGUAAACUAGCAGAACUUUCAUCACUGCCAAGCAGCAAAUAUUCAUUGAUUAUUUCCGUUAUCAGUUUUCGUAAUGUCGUGUUUUGCUCGAAAAUGGAUAAACUAUUACAUUAGUCUUAAGCUACCAAGUUAAGUUGCUUUACUUGCUACCCUUUUUAUUCCCAAGUAUCUACGUAUGUCGAUAGGCUGUGACAUCCAUUUUCUUGUCUUCGAUUCACUCAGUAACUGAUGUCCCUGUCAAUUUAAAUGCCAAAAGUUUAGCAACUGAGACCUUUUCCAAUUGACAAAGCCAAGAAGAUCUAGCUGAAGUUGUGCAGCAUAAAUGUCGUUUCAAAGUCACUGGAAAAUUCCUCUCGCGCAACUUUUAUUUAAAAAGAAAGAGUAAACAGGCGUGUAAAUGAGAAAAUACGAUAAAAGAAGCGAAAAAGGAUAAUGCAAGUAAGGCGGUUUCUUGGUAAAGUACUGGGAGUUAACAGAGAUUACGGGUUUUUAGGACUUUUAGGAAUAGAAACAUCAUAUUGCCGAUGUUACCGUAUUAGUCAUUGCUGUAGGCUUGUAUUUUCAAGGAAAAUUUUUCGACGUUUUGAAAAACGCUACCAAUUGCUUUAGAAAAGCUCGGUAGUUUUUUAUUUUUAACAUUCCCAAUUUGAAAUAGGUCGCUACUGUUUAUCAGCGAGCAGUCUAAAGAUGCGUGUGUACUAUAUUUUUUACAAGUAAUUUUUAAAGAUUCCCAUGAAAUUUCCUGCAUAGGAACGUCAUAUGUAAUUAAACUAAGCCUGGUUUUAAACGACUUUGCUCAGAAAUGCCUCACAUUAGCCACAAAAUGACUACAAACAUUUAAAGAGCUUGUGAAACUAAGUAAUUGAUGAAAUGUUUACCUCUUUGUGUGUGAUAUUCGAGGAGAAAUUGGCUUUCAAAAACUGAAAAAUUUCUUGAUAGCAAAAGUGCUAAUUAGCUCUUAUUUUCUUUGUAAAAUGUUUAGUUAUUAAACCCGCGUCGCACAAAAAGUAGUCAUUACAGCAGGCGGAUAUUCCUUGGGACAGUUAAUCGUGUUGUGCCCUUUCAAUGUACAAAAGUAAUGCUUUUGUAGCUCCAUCAGAAACUGUAUCGCUAAUGCUAAUGAGGCAAAUAUUGUAAAUAAAGGUAUUCCUAUAUG